AUGGAGAACCUCCCGGACGAUCUUUUAUCAAACAUAUUCAUCCGCUUAUUGGCCAAACAACUUGCUAAAUUGAGGUGUGUUUCCAAAUCUUGGAAUGCCUUCUUAUCUCAACCCUCCCUUAUAAAAUCCCACCUCAAUAGUUCCAUCAAUAACAACGAUCGAAUUCUCCUGGUCUUCUACAAAAAGACAUAUUCUAACCAUAAACCGUUCACAGCACACCCAUGUCAAGCUCCCCAUCAUGUACCCACAGAUUUCAUCAAAUUCCCACCGGUCAAUCCCAAAGCUGAACAGACUACCAGCAUGAUUAAAAUUAUAGGUUCUGUUCACGGAUUAAUAUGCUCUUGUUAUGGUGAUGAUGUCAUCCACAUUUGGAACCCCUUCUCUCUCUGCUGUUUCAACUCUCCCACCAUAUUCUACGCCCUCCUGCAGUGGUAA